AUGUCGGACUAUCAGGGUGCUUCUUCUUUUCAGAACCUUCGCCCGCCGAGUUUGGUCAUCCAGGGCGACAGCGACGACGAUUUCGAUAUCACUAAUCACGAAGCGUUUAUUGAUUUUGGUGGUGACCGAGAGAACGACUCUAUCGCGAUAAAUCGACAACUCAAUCGCGAGGCUAUCGCUCAGAACUCGGCGACUUCGAAUCUCCUCAUUCCCUCUCCCGCUGCUGCGUCCUCGUCUUCCCUAUCGCUUCCAACAAUGGGUGGUGAAGAUGAGAAGGGGGACUCUGCUGCGUCCCCUGGAUUCAAGAACCCUUUUAACUUCCAGACGCAAGUGAUUUCUACAGGGCCUGUCAAGUCGAACAUUGGACAGCGUCGCGGACAUAGAUACAAACACAGUAGUAUCUCCUCACAACAUCAGAUCUUCAAAGAGCCACCGCAGAGGCCGCCUCCAGUUCUCCCCGCUUCUCUACCGAUACCAACCGUUCGCGAAGCAUGGAAGAGCAUGACAAAAGACCAACGCAUCCAUUGCUACUGGACCCUCUCGCACCUCGUCUUUUUUGACGCUGGUAGUGCUGCUGUUUGUGUCAUGGUUGAUGUCCUCGGCAAUUUUGAAGUUUGGCGACGUAGCAGUAUCCGGCACCCUUUUGGCCUCGAGAGAGCAGAGGUCCUUGCUGGUUUCGCUAUGUCUGUUUUCCUACUCUUUGGAGGCUUUGACCUGAUCUCCCACACUCUCAAACACUUCCUGGAGUCUCUUGGUAGCCACGAGGCUCACCAUGAACAUGGCCAUGAAGGCCCAGAUGGCUCUGUUGACCUCGUGUCUGCUGCCGCAAUGGUGAGCACAUUGGUCUCGGCAUAUGGACUUCGAAACCAUGCCCGCAUUGCAAAACUCAUGCGUGUCUCGUACCUUGCUUCUCUUCCAAGCGUUCUCUCUAAUCCUUUCCACUUCCUCACCCUGUCCUUCUCCGCUGUCAUUGCUCUUCUUCCCCUACUCUCUAUCUCGCUCUACACAUGGCUCGACCGUCUCAUCUGUGUCGUCAUUGCUUUUGCCAUGUUUGCUCUGGGAAUGAGACUCGCCGUAGCUCAGGGUCUUAUGCUACUGAUGUCUUAUGGCGGUACUGGAGGCAACAACGGUGUCAGUGCCGUUCUGAGGGAGAUUGAGACCGAACCUAGCGUGGUGACCAUCGAUGAUGCCCAGUUCUGGCAAGUUCACUAUGGUCUCUGCAUGGCCAACCUCAAGUUGAGUGUUGUCAAGGGCUACGAUGAGAUGUCGCUCAGCAAGCUACGGCAGCGCAUCUCAGCCUUGAUCCAGAACAGAUUGGGCGAGGGAUACGGCCAUGGAGGCAGCAUUCGAUGGGAGGUGACAUUACAAAUGACCACUGAAGGUAGUACAUAA